AAUUCCAAAGACAACGUAUGGGUGUCGAGAUUAUCGGCCAUUUUACAGAUGAAAUCUUGUGACCAGACGGAAAGAUAUACGAAAAAUGAGUUUCUUUGGGUUUGGCCAGACAGCAGACAUUGACAUAAUUCUUAGUGGCUCAGACACCAGAAAAUUAGCAGAAAUCAAAACUGAAGAUGGGAAGAAAGAAAAACAUUAUUUAUAUUAUGAUGGAGAGUCUGUGUCAGGAAAGGUUAAUAUAACCUUAAAAAAACCAGGAAUGAAACUUGAACACCAAGGGAUCAAAAUUGAAUUCAUUGGGCAAAUUGAGCUGUAUUAUGAUAGAGGAAAUCACCAUGAGUUCACAUCAUUGGUUAAGGAGCUAGUAAGACCAGGAGAGCUAGCACAGAAUACAAGUUACAACUUUGAUUUUGUCAACGUUGAAAAACCUUAUGAAUCUUACACAGGAUCAAAUGUUAGACUCCGGUACUUUCUGCGUGUUACCAUAGUGAGAAGGUUGUCAGAUAUUGUGAAAGAAUCGGAUAUCAUAGUGCACACCCUGGCUUCCUACCCGGAGAUGAACUCUUCAAUAAAAAUGGAGGUUGGCAUAGAAGACUGUCUUCACAUAGAGUUUGAAUAUAACAAAUCUAAGUAUCAUCUGAAAGAUGUGAUUGUGGGGAAGAUAUAUUUUCUUUUGGUUCGUAUCAAAAUAAAACACAUGGAGAUUGCUAUUAUCAAGCGUGAAACCACUGGUUCAGGGCCCAACACUUUUAAUGAAAAUGAAACUAUUGCUAAGUAUGAAAUUAUGGAUGGAGCUCCUGUAAGAGGUGAGUCUAUUCCAAUACGGCUCUUCUUGGCUGGAUAUGACUUAACUCCUACCAUGAAAGAUAUCAACAAGAAGUUCUCUGUUCGAUAUUAUCUUAAUCUUGUCUUGGUAGAUGAGGAGGAGAGGAGAUAUUUCAAACAACAGGAAAUAGUGUUGUGGAGGAAAGGUGAGAAAACCAGAAAACCAAUACAGCAGCCCCAGUCAGUACCUCCAGAAAAUAAGUAGACUCACAUGUAGGGCAUCACUUUGAACACAGAUUGUAAUGGGACCUAGUGAUUUUUCUAGACACAAGUGUGGAUAUGGGGAUAAAAAGAAUAAACCUCCAGUGGUUGGGAGGGAUUUCUAAAAAAUGUGGAAAAUGUAACUCAUGAGACAUUUCAGGCCAAACUGUCAGUGGCUGGCAGGAACAGCUGGCUGGUAGGUUAAGACGUUCAGUCCAAAGUCCUUGCAAUGUUUAGAUUGCUUUCUGUAGAAAACUGAAGAAUUUCCAAACAAUAUGCUGUUUCAUUAUUUUUAUCUUGGUUCAGAUAGUAUCAGAUGGAAUGUGUGAAUGUUAUUGUAAAGAAUACCUGUAAUUUGAACUUUAUAACUAUUGUUUUGUAUGAUUUCCUUUAUGUAAUAAGGUAAAAUUGAGUAAUUACUUUAAAAAAUUGCAAUACAUCUGUCAGCCAUAGAAUAUAGUUUUUAAGGAAUGGUGACUAAGUUAUUUGGUCUUUUCUCACCUUAUUCAGGUAAUUAUAACAUUCUGUAAUAUGUUAGGUUUAUAGUUAGUUACAAAACUGGUUGAAUUUUGAUGAUCCAUAAUGUUUGCUUUUUCUAUAUAAAAUAUAAAUUCUAAAUGUUUCUUGAAACCAUCUUGUGUGUUAUUCAGAACUGUUUUUCAAUGUUAACAGUUACAGCACAAUCUGUUAAUAAUUCAUAGUAAGUUAUUUUCCAUGCCUCCAAAACGUUUUGUAUAUAAUAGUCUUGUAAUUCUCUAAUAGAAGUUUUAAUUUUAUUAACAGCUGCUAAGUGUUGUAAGUAGAGGCACUGAUUGUUAAUACUUUAAACCACUUAAUCAUGAUGAUACAAAUACAUGGAGAUAAAAUAUUCUAAUAUCUAGCCCUGAGUUGUAAAAUUCAAACUUGUUUGUUUAUGUAGUCUACAUGUUUGGAACAACUAUAGCUGUUUUAAAAAAAAAACUUGAAUUUUUGCCAGAUGUUUCAUGUGACAAGAUUGCCUGAACAUUUAAACAAGUAACAAAUAAAACAAAUGAAUAAGUAAAAAAUUUUGACAUCCCAACAUUGUGUUAACAAAAUCUUUAUAGACAUCCAUGUAGAAAAGGUUGCAAAAUUAGGAUGUAUAGCCAAUUUUGGUUUCAAAAUAAACUAAUAUCAUCAAAAGCACAGUAUUUUCAGAUAUUAAUGAAAAUGGAGUUUGUAUUUCUUUUUUUUUCUCCUAAAUUAUCAUGACUUUCUUGCUGUUUUGUAUUACAUAGAAUAUUUGUAGCUUUUAAUGAUUUAUUUGUGAAUUUUCAAUUUUUACUUUACUAAUCUCAAAGGUAAUAAUAAUGAAAAUAACAUUAUUUUUCUACAUAACAUUUUGAACAAUUUUCCUGUGGUAUUUUUUUCAUUCAGUAUCCUUCAUUUGUUUAUUAUAACCAGUUUUCUAUACUUCACAUCUUUUAUAAAAUCCUGGUUUUGUUCUUCAGAACAACUUAUACUUAUUAUGAUCAGAAUGUCUGUGUUGAGCUAAACAUGGUACAUCUCUUUUUGUAGUCCAUUUUCCGACAAUCAUUACUUGGAAGGGUGUACAAUAAAUUUCAGAGUAUGCUUUUAAGCUAAAGUAUUUUUUGGGCUGCUAAAGAUAUGUUUAAAGUUUUUGUAGCAUACUAGUUGUCUUUUGAUUACCUAGUGUUAUAUUAAUCAUAAAUUUGACAUAACCUUAUUAAUUCCUGUUUUUAGAAUAUUGUUCACUAUAAUGUUAAGUAUUUAUGUUAUGUGACUUAAAUUUGUACUGGCAAAUAGCAAAUUUCAGGUGAGAACUUAUUAUAAAAAGAAGCCUUUUGUUUUUAAAUCUUUGCAACCCCUAUAUAUAUACAAGCACCCGUGUCUUCAGCUUGUAAUCUUAAGAAGCAAUUACAUCGUUAUCAGGAAUGUACUGGUACCAAACCUUGUAAAGAUAUACUAUAUAAUACAAACAGUUUUCUGUACACUGGAGUGCAUCUAGAAAAGUAUUGAAAUUAAAUACAAAAUAUGUUUAAAGAAUGUAUACAUUAUCAGGUAACUUCUGUAGCUCUAACAACUUAUGUUUAAAGAAUAUAUACAUUAUCUGGUAACUUCUGUAGCUCUAACAACUUAUGUUUAAAGAAUAUAUACAUUAUCAGGUAACUUCUGUAGCUCUAACAACUUAUGUUUAAAGAAUAUAUAUACAAUAUCUGGUAACUUCUGUAGCUCUAACAACUAUGUUAAAGAAUGUAUACAUUAUCUGGUAACUUCUGUAGCUCUAACAACUUAUGUUUAAAGAAUAUAUACAUUAUCAGGUAACUUCUGUAGCUCUAACAACUUAUGUUUAAAGAAUAUAUAUAUUAUCUGGUAACUUCUGUAGCUCUAACAACUUAUGUUAAAGAAUGUAUACAUUAUCUGGUAACUUCUGUAGCUCUAACAACUUAUGUUUAAAGAAUAUAUACAUUAUCAGGUAACUUCUGUAGCUCCAACAACUUAUGUUUAAAGAAUAUAUACAAUAUCUGGUAACUUCUGUAGCUCUAACAACUAUGUUAAAGAAUGUAUACAUUAUCUGGUAACUUCUGUAGCUCUAACAACUUAUGUUUAAAGAAUAUAUACAUUAUCUGGUAACUUCUGUAGCUUUUUAUUGUUAAAAAAAAGCAUAGCUUGUUAUGUUCAGUGACUUAGUAAUAAAACUAGUAUCUUCUGCCCCAUGGUUAUAAAAAAUGUCACUAGGAAAGUGUUUGAUCACAAUGAAGUAGGAUUUGAAAAUCACUUUUACCAUCCAUAUUUUGGGGCUGAAUGUUUAUUUAUUGUGAUUGACAUUACAUAUCGGCUAUGAAAGAUGGCGGUUCAGUAUAACUGUUUAUGUAAUCAUAGCUUCAUAAUAUUUUCAAGGAAAAAUAAUUUUUCAUGAGAUAAAAAUUUUAGAAAAGUUGAAAAACCUGUACAUUUGUAAUAUACAAUCUUGAGAAAAACAAAAACUUUCACUUUGGAGAAGACACUGGAAAAAAAUGUUAUUUGAUUCUAAUUUUUUGUGUGCCUCAUUUAAAAUAGCUAGGUAAGCUACAGUUAAAAAACUUGUUCUUAGUCACAUGGUGUUUAAAACUUUAAUCCAUUAUUCAGUUGCUGAAAUAAUGUAUUUACUAGAAAAAUGAAAAAAAAAACAUAUACACUCAUAUGUUGUACAUACCAGUAGCUAAUGUGAACUGUUAAUAUGAAAAUGACUACCACUACUCAUAACUUUAUCAUCAGUGUUUUAAUAUUGUAGGAUAAACAGAAGUAUUGAUGUUUCUUGGUGACGUGAGUAGGAAAUGAUAUUAUCAUCAAUAAUUGGUUGCAUGAUUUCAACAAGAAAUAUUUUCUAAAGUCUUUUAACUCCUGUUCAGAGGUGUGCUAGUUUGUCUUCUUUCUUAUGAAGUGAAUAGACUGCAUAAAAUUGAAAUCUUACUUUUACUUAUUAGUGAACGUUAAUAAUACUUUGAUCAGCUGUUUCUUAUAUGACAAAACUGUCAUAGUGUGCUGGUGAAAAACCCAAGAUGUUGCUAGUUGUAUAAUUGUAAUUAUAAACUCUGGAAAAUGUAGUUCUGUUAAAACAAGGGGACUUGUGUUAUUUCAUUCUUUUUACACAUCAAAAUGCAUUGUAUUGGCAAUGAAAAGUUUUUUAAGAUCUAUUAUGAAAUAACAUAGCUUUUCUAAAAAUGAUAAAAAAAAACAAAACAAUCUGUCGGAAUUCAAAUCUAUAGCUUAUAAUAAAAUUUUCAUCUCUUUAAUGAUAUUUGUUAUGCUUAGUGUAUUAACCUUGUUUGUUAGGCACUGAUAUCUCCAAUUUCAUACUUCUGUUAAAAUAUGGAUUUCUAAACUGAAAUGUGAUAUACUCUCUCUCUAAAGAAAUAUUACUGUGGAAAUGUGUUGUUUGUACUGCUUUUGUCAUCUGUUAAACCAUUCAGGUAUAGUUUCUUCAGUGUUUUAAUAUAGCUACUCCUGUGUGAAAGUGGUACAUUUACUUGUGUGAAGUGAAAGUUUUUCAUUUAGUAACAGUGCUUCACAUAUUCAACAUUUCACUUAAGCUUUAGUCAUUAGUUUUGAACUGCAUGUAUCGUAACCACAUAUAGUCAUUUGUUUAGCAUUGCAUCGCAAUUCUUUUUUAAAGUAUUUUGUUAAAUAUUUUUCACACUUAAAAAGUGUAACUGCUACCCGCAUUGAUCAACUGUUAACUAGUUAUAAUGCACCACUCAGUUUCCAAAUUUUGAUGUGUCUUAGCCAUUGAUCAGUAUGAAGAUGAUGCCUGUUUACUCUAUGUAUUCAUAAUGCCUCCCUAGUAAUUAAACUAGCUGUUUUUGUUAGAAUGUCAUUCUGUUGAUUUUGAUUCAUGGACUGACCUCUGUAUCAUACCUGGUUGAUGAUGUAAAUAUUGAUUGCUGAAUUUGUGUUAGGCUGAAUCAGAAAGUAUCAUUUUGAGAAAUGUAAAUCAGAAAAAUAUUAAUAAAGGUUAUUAAAAUUCUGUG